UCCCCGGGGCGGGGGCUGCCCGCGCCCCAGGACCGCCGCACCGCGCAGCCUUCCGCGCCCCGCUGACGGCCGGGUCAGCGGCGACCUCCUGCCCCGCUGAAUCAGACCUUCCCCUCCCACCACCUGCGCAAGGAGGCGGCCCGGGGAAGCCGCCUCGGCGCAUAUAAAGCGCUGCCGUCGGAGGGGAAGCGCCGCUCGCUGCCCGGCCCCCGCCGCCUGCCGCCCGCCAUGGCCCCCGGCCGCCGCCUGCCGCUGCCCGCGCUGCUGCCGCUGCUGGCCUGCGCCGCGCUGGCCCAGCGCCCCCUCAUAGAGAAGCAGCGCGCCUGCCUGCUGCCCCCCGAGGAGGGGCCCUGCCGCGCCCUGGUGCCGCGCUGGUACUACGACCGGCACACGCAGAGCUGCCAGGAGUUCACCUACGGGGGAUGCUACGGCAAUGCCAACAACUUCCUCACCUUCGACGACUGCGAGAAGAGCUGCUGGACCAUCAAGAAAGUGCCCAAAUUAUGCCGACUGGAGGCUGAUGGAGGACCUUGCAGGAGUUAUCUAAGAAGAUAUGCCUUUAACUUGAGCUCAAUGAGGUGUGAGGAAUUCAUCUAUGGUGGCUGUUACGGAAACGGCAACAACUUCAGAGAUUUGCAGUCUUGUGUGGACCACUGUCUGCCAGAAAAAACUGGCCCCUUGCUAUGCUAUAGCCCAAAGGAUGAAGGAUUGUGUUCCUCUUCUGUGCCUCGCUAUUACUAUGACACCAAGACUAAAUCAUGUAAAGAGUUCAGAUAUAGUGGCUGUGGUGGAAAUGCCAACAACUUUGUCACUGAAAUGGAUUGCUACAAUGUCUGUAGAAAAGGAAAUCAGAAACUGAGUAUCAACAAGCCAACAAAUGUAUCCCGCAGAAAAAUAGUGAGAAAACUGAAGAAAAAGUCUCAGAUGUAUAACCUGAAGUCUUAAAGCUGAUGUGCUUUUGGAUGUUUGAAACACUUUUUAUCAAUUCCACUUUUUUAUUUUGUAAGAUAUUUUUCACAAAGUUUUAUACUGACAUAGUUCUGUCAUUCAGAGCUGCUUUUUAUGCAAUUUACCUUUUUAUAAGGAACUGCAUUUAAUAGAAGAAUGAACCUAAGUUUGGUUCUUCUGCUGUGUUGUCUUUGCAAUAAUAUUUUGGAAAGACUUGUUUAGAUUUCCAUAUUUUUAUGGGGGGAAUGUUUCAGCUGUUGCAAAUCAAUUAAAAUUUGAAAAAUCAAAUAUCUGUUAUUAGAAAUAAGGAGAGUCCAACACUGAAAAUCUAUCAUGAAUUUAAUUUUUUUUUGCAUCCUCUGCUUGCUAAAGAAAAGGAAAUUUUCACAAGUGUGUUCAGAGGUUUAUUGCCUUGCCAUUUACAUACUUUGGCCCUAUCAUUUAGAUAGACUGUCAGAAGCCUUCAUAACAGUAAAAGAAGUAUAAAUUUAAAUGCAGCUCAUCCUGCAGAAGAGAAUUUGGAUUAGGGUUGCCUUGAUAAACACUCUGACUAAGGCAAUGAAUAAGCUAGUUGAGUAUUAAAAUAAAAAUGUAGCCGUUACUUUUCCAUGACAUUUGAAAAUUUUGCUAAGUUAGUCCAGAUCUUCAUAUGGCAUUAAUCAGCAUAGUUUUGCUGAUUUUAAUGGAGCUAUGCUGAUUACAUCUGCAGAAGAUUUUGAUAUUUGUGAUAAUGCAGUGGCUGUUGAAGCAGAGCAGCAGAAGUUUCUGCAAAUUUCAUCUACAAAAGAGUAAUCCCUCUUUUGAGGCACUUUUAUAUUUCUUAUGGUAGGUUAUGCCUAUGGUGAUACUUUUGCACAUUCUUUUAUAUUUUGUAUUUUAGUCAUGUCUGAAUUUCAGUUAAUUUCACCUACAAUAUUUCAUAAGUAAUGUUAAUAAAAUUUUUUUUGUGAAAAAAAAGCUUGUUUUGUCAUUAUCCUGAAUGAGUUGUAUAGACCAAUAUGUGUACUGGAACCUGUAAUUUCUUAAUUAUGACUCUAACAGAGUUUAGUUGUCUCUUCAAUUAUUUCCUUACACUGAGGUCUGUAUUUGAAGAAAGCCAAUAAAUUGCAUUGAUAUUAAUCAUCCCCAGCAGUUUUGUAGCUCAGCUGGCUUUCUCAAAAGGCCUGCUCUCAAAGGGGUGCUUAGUUUAGUUUAUUGUCUGCUGCUGGGUCUCCUGUUUGAUGUUGCACUAUCUGAAUAGCUUUUGUGUGGGUAACAAGCUAUUUGUUUGAAAUUUCACUGGCUUUCAGUUAGAAUAAUUCAGGUGUGUGCUUUAAACCUCUUUUGGAGAGGGAACAUGACGGGCAAACUAGUCAAGAUCUGAUUUGGUUAUUGAUGUUUCUCUCACUGCCAGAUUUUC